GUAAGUAACUGUUUAUUCUUUGGCAAUCUACUGUUUUCAUCAUGGAAUCACAGAUGGCACGCCCGCAUGGUGUUCAUGACUAUGAGCAUGACCCCAACAAUGUUGGACUGCAUCCUGUGGUAAAGGGUGAAGAUGGAUAUCAGCAUGAGAAGAAGUCAGUGUUGAAGAAGGUGAUGGAUAAAGCCAAGAAAUUGAAGGACAAAGUCAAAUUACAUGGUCAUGGCCAUGACUAUCAUGACGAGGGUCAUGUGCCUGAUGAUCAUGACUUGUACGAGGAAGAUGAUGAUGAGGAUGAAGAAAUAGUUGAGGACCCACAAGUUCAUGGCGCAUCAGCCUACGAUUCUGCUGCUAUUAGGAGCUCUGUGCAAGGACAAGGUCGGAGGCUAGGUAACCCUAGGACAUCUUAUGGAAACCCAACAACAAUGCAAAAGGAACAUACAGGCACUGAUCCAAUGAAGAGCUCUCUUCCUGGGCAAGAGGUUCUUGUUGGAAGGACAACUGCCUUAAAAGAAGUACCCCAUGCCCCAGUUAAUUCACCAGCAUCUGUUUCUCCAGCAACUGUUGAACAAAGAAGAGAUGCUUAUCCUGUUAAGGGUUUUGUUCAUGAACAAGAAAGGAUACGAGGGCAACCUGAAAUUAAUUUGAAAAUGCCAGUAGGAUUGGAGGAGGAUCCUUAUGCUCCAAAAGGUAGACUUGGUGAUCAUGCUCCUUCGAAUUAUCAGACUAAAGUCACUGAUCCAACUGGUUCUGGUGGGAAAGAAGCAGGAAUAACGCCAAUUCUUCACUCUUUCGACAAAAUGAAUAUCUAUGAUGAAUCAAGAGGAGAAAAACAGAACUUAUCGACUGGAUCGCGUGAUGGACAGCUCUCCUUGCUUCCCACCGGAAGCCAUGACCAAUUUUCUGCAGAACCAACUCCCCCAAUAUCCAUUAGUUCCCAAGAGAACCCUGUAUCACGUUCGAAGUCUUUUGUCACCUUGAAAGCCAAGGAGCACACACUUAGUGGCAUUGGUGGUAAACCAUCAAAUCAGAGUGGGUACACUGAAAAAAUCUCCUCUGCCACUUCUGCAAUUGUUGACAAAGCAAAAGCUGCCACAAAUGUCAUGGCCUCCAAUCUUGGAUAUGGAGAGAGAGACAAUAAUAGUAAAGAACAUACAAUGACACAUGAAGGACAAGUACAAAAUGCUGCGAAGCCAGCAUCGACAGUUGAAUAUGGAAAGAAAAUUGCAACUGUGACUGAGAAACUCACUCCACUGUAUGAAAAAGUCGCUGGUGUAGGCAGUACUGUAAUGUCAAAACUCCAUGGCAAUACAAAUGCUAGCACUAAUACCAGCAAUGAAGCAGAAAGCAGGAUUGAAGGGAAAGAUAAAGGGGUGUCAGUGAAGGACUAUUUCGCGGAGAAGCUGAGGCCAGGAGAAGAAGAUAGGGCGCUUUCUGAAGUUAUUUCGGAGACUUUGAACAAGGGAAAGACUGAGACAGGGAUGUGGAAGAACGGUAGGCCAAUGGGAAAAGUGACAGACUCAGAGGAGGUGGAGAAAAGUUUAGGUAGUGAAGAAGAGAAUUCUGACGAAAUAACGGAUUCGGUUUCUGUGCAUAUUCCUGCCAAGGCUGUGGCUGAUAAGCUCAAAGGUGCUGUUGGUUCUUUGUUUGUCAAUAGUGAAGAAUCUAGGGAAUCUCAGCAGCAUCCACUUUGUUCCACCAAUGCUGGUGCUGAAGGGUUUUCUUCUACCUAUGCUAGUGGUGAAGAAAUAGGAGAGAGGAGACUUCAAGAGACAGGGAACUGAGGAACAUGCAAUGGCUAGUAAUCUUAGAGAGACUCUGUGCGUUUUACAUGGUUUCUACUAGUUGGGAAAAUGUUGUUUUUCUUUGGUGUUGUGUUGAUAGAACUGUAAUGAAACGGUAAUGGCAGGCACUGCAUGGAUGUAUAAAUUGUUGUGGUCUGUGAAAAAUAUGGAAUUUGAUGUUUAUUA